UGCCCCUCUGUUUGUGUUCAAGUGACUGCAAAUUUGUUUGUUUCCAUGAGCUGCCCUCUAUUCUUCACCAUACUGAAUUUUCAUAUGUGAUAGGGAAUUAAUGGACAACUUGUGGCAAGGAAUCGGUGUUGCUUCUCAGCAGUUGGGUGAGGUGAAUUACACCCCUGGCAUCGACAUAGAUGAAACCUACAUGCCAACUGAUCAGCAACUUAACAACUUCACUCCUGAGGGAUCCGAAAACAUGAACCCUAUGCCAGCAAAACCAGCAAAGCCUAGGAAAGGCGGACUUGGACCCAAACGUUUGAAGAACUUCAACACAAAGGAGGAUGAAAUCUUAUGCUCAGCAUACUUGAACGUGAGCAAGGAUCCUAUUGUGGCAGUGAACCAGUCAUCGGGAUCAUACUGGGCAAGAAUAAUAGCUUACUGCGAAGAACACAACUGCCCAAGGUCAAAAUCUUCACUGCAGCACAGGUGGGGCGAUAUCCAGAAGGAUACUUCAAGAUUCUGUGGGUUCUACGCUGAGGUUGAAAGGAAAAACCAAAGUGGCAAGAGUGAAGAUGACAAGGUCAAAGACGCCCUCCAGAUGUAUGAGGGUAUUGUCGAAUCCACUUUCAAGUUCAUUCAUUGUUGGUACAUGUUACGCAAUGAGAUGAAAUGGAACGAGUGGCUCGCUUCCAUGUCUGCAAGCAAUGGGGAGCAAUCUACUGAACUUGCCAAGGCAAGCACAGAUGCCACACUCCCGCCUAGAAUUGAUAGGCCAAAUGGCAGGGAUAGGGCAAAGAAGCCGCGUACCAGCAGCACUGCCUCUUCAGCUUGCCUUGAAGUGCUGCAAAAAAUGCCCAUGGACCGCAAUGCUUAUGAAGUACGGGUUGAGGCUGCAACCAAGGAAGAAGCCAAGGACAUCGCUUCUCGCUCAGAUCGCAAACUCGCUCUACAGGAAGAGCAGUUGCAAGUCCAGAAAGACCAGGUGCAGAUACAGAGAGAGCUACUCGAACUGCAGAAGGCAGAUCGGGAGGAACGGGUCAUGAGCAUGGAUCUCGAGAAGCUGUCACCAUGGGUUCAGGACUACUACAUCAACAAACAGAAACAAAUCUCCGCAAUGAGCCUGAGAGGUGAUGGUUCCAGUGGCCCUAGGGGGCAAUAG